AUGGAGGAAACGCCAAUGGGCGAGUCCAUCAAGAUAUCUUGUGAACGAUGUCGUCGCCGCAAGAUAAAAUGUGAUCGAAAACGGCCGUGCUCGCGGUGUAUCAAGGCCGGCACGGAAUGUAUACUCAGCGGUAGCGGAGAGAAGCAACGGCCAAUAUCUAAAGGCUAUGUUCAAGCUCUAGAGGGUCAAGUGGCAUCUCUUGAGCUAUUGCUUCGCAAGCUCGCCGUUGCUGAUAGCGCUGAGAGAGAUGAGAUGUUGUCCGAGAUAGCCCUCUCGCCACCAGCCUCCCUCGACAUUACACAAAAGUCGCAGAUUGACCAUGCCAAGUCAAACACUGACCCCAAAGUUGUAGCUGCCCAGGUCCGUUCUGGACAGUUGAGACGGCCUCGAUCGAGCCAUGCCACUCAGUUCUUUGGCGGCACCAGCGCUUUUCACAUCCAUCUAUCACAAGAGGUCUCAUUAUCCCCAGAUGAGAUAACUACUCACCUCGAAUCUAAUUCCACACCACUCAUGAUGAACAUACCGGAAGUGAGCGCUUCCAGCAGCCCGAGAGACCCGAGCUUUGUAUACGCACCUCACGAUGAGACUUCCCAGACGUGCAUGGCAGCCUACUUCAAGUAUCAGUACCAGUUCCAUAUGCUCAUAUACAGAGAGUACUUCUUACGAGACUAUGAUGUUGGUUCAGGUAGAUACUACUCAGACGCUCUGCUCUUUGCUAUCUGCUCGCUUGGCGCCAUGCAGCUCGAUGAUUCUCGCUCAGUAUCCGAUAUCUUUGCCCACCAGGCCCAGCAACUGAUCUACGCAGCUCUCGACAGUCCAGAACUCACCACCUUACAAGCUUUGGCCUUACUGGGAUAUCGUGAAAUUGGUGUAGGUCAUACAUCAAAAGGCUGGCUCUUUGCUGGUAUGGCCUUCCGACUUGCCCAUGAGAUGGGCCUUCACCUUGACCCAAACAACUGGGACGCUUCGACAGAAGGAACAUCAAACCGUGACACGGAGAUUCUUAGACGAGUCUACUGGGCUAUAUUCAUUGCCGAUAAGCAACUGAGUCUCUACUUUGGAAGACCACCAGCCCUGCACCCCAGCGAAUCAGACGUCCGCAACACUAUCAGAUUGCAAUACCCUCCAGACUGGGAGGGUCUGCUGGACACAUAUAUCUGCAAAGGUGCUUCAGCAACAGAAUUUGAAGACGGAGUUGCUCUUGUUGGAUCCUUCAUCUACCAAGCAGAGCUGUGCAAGAUCGCCCAUCUCAUGAUCACGGAUCUCUUCGAGAAUCGUCGAGGUAACGUGGACGCCACCGUAGCUGCAGCCAGGUCGCGGCAAAUACACGUGUCGCUCACAAAGUGGCUAUCGAGUCUUCCCGGUACUCUGCACUGGAACCAAUGGACUGUAGGCGUGGUGCAACCCUCUGUACUUCGUAUGCACAUGUUGUUCCAUACAAUCAUGAUUAUUCUUCACCGACCGCCUUCGCAUAUGUACGAGAAACAGGGCAUUGCUGAAAGUGAAGACGUGGAGAUCUGCUACGAGUCGUUGCAGGCUAUUCUGCGCCUGAUGAGAACAUAUUCACGACACUAUAGAUUCCGCUCGUUGCCACUGGACUUUGUCCAGACUCUAUCCACGGCAGCCGGCACCAUCAUGAUGAAGAGGUUCUUCCAGGGAGCCUCAUGGGAAGACUCAGACAUUGCACGAUCACUUUCGACCGUCAUUGACGCAAUGGAGGAAGUACAGCACACCUGGCCAUGCAUGGGUGAGAUCAAAGACUAUGUCGUACGGGCACGCAAUGCACAGGUCGUGAUGCCCCCGGAAGAUCCCCUCAUUGGUCCAGAUCUCAUGAACGGCCUAGAGCUGGGCCACAAUGUUACAGCUGAGCUCAUGGCUCAAUGGGGCGAGGAGUUAGGUACACUUGUGACGGAUGAGUUUUUGAGUAUGCAGCUUCAAGGUUCAGAACAAGGCGUGAUGGCGCCGUUUGACUUCAACCAACCGCCUUUAGGGCCCCAGUAG